CAAGUGGAGGGACACACCACACGGCCGCUCGCCUGGCUGCUGUCCGUCCGUCACACUCUCACGCACUCACUGUCUGUCACUAGCUCUCUGAUGGCCUUCAGUGCCUUGUCCAGGUGCUUGGAUGAGCUUAACAGAUGGUUCCCGCCUUCAACAGUCACCAGUUGCACACCCACUCCACCGUCACUAUCACUACCAGCAGCCCCCCGAUGUUUUAGAAAGGCCGCAUGCAGCCCCUCCGCCAUCUCCAGAGGGAUGGACCGAUCUUUCGUGCCUGGCAGCAUCCAAUCCACGCACCCACAACACACGACACACCAAACAUGCAUGAGCGCCAUGCCGCAUGCAUCAGCUCAUCCCAACGUACCCACAAUCCCAUCCAUUCACUCACCGUGUAUCAGGAGAAUCUUUACGUUUCGGUCGAUCCCCUCAACCAUCGUCUGAGUGUCAGGGAAGUCGGUGUAGCUCUCCAGGUAGCCCCUGUGCAGCUCCCACAUCACGCGACCACUGCCGCCCUCCCCCUCCCCCUCCCCCUGCUGCUGCUGGUGUUGCUCUCCCCUCCACGGCCAGAACUCUUUCAUGCACGUGUGAUGAGGGGGCGUGUCGAAGUCGGCCAGCUGCUCGGGUGUGAAGUCCAAUGUGUACCUCGAUGGGAUGUCGUCCACACAAGCGAUGGCCGCCACGCCGCAGAGCAAGGGCGAUGGGGGAGGCACGCCGACGAUGCGACUGCUUGCAUAAGCAACGGACAGGAACGCACCUGUGUGCAUCAACCAAUAUGAGCGCCGGGUGCCGAGAAACAAACAAGGAACCUUCCGGUGCACAGCUGUGUGUCCGUUACGUACCUGUGCUGAGUCCCACAAGAAAAAGCCGCUGAACAUUCGGGAAGGCUGCCAGAAGGUGUGUGCUCACGGUGUGCAGGUCACACGCAUCGCGCACGAGCGUCUUAUCACGAAAGAGCCCAUAAGAGCCCGGAACACCUACAUGGACACACGCCAUAUACAUAACUCAGCUGUGUGUCACGGGCCGCCCUCCCUCAGUGCAAGUGUCUGUGUCUGUGCGUACCUACGGUGCGUGUCCGAUACCAUUGCUGUUGAAGGCUGCGAAACCACACCUUUCGAUGUGUUCCAUCAUUUGCGCAGCCAGUUUCCGAGGAAGGCGGGAUGAGUAAUAGCGAUGAUCAGGCAUCGGCUGUGGAGGCUGCAGUGGCCGGCCUUCGUCAAUGCCGUCCACAGGCACGCAGGAGCUGUCGGGGAAGCCAUGGGAGUACAGAAGCAGCGUGCGCACAUCUGUUGCAGCUGCAUUCGUGUCGACUCGUGUCAGAAGGCCACCAAAACGACAGAUCUCACUGCGGAAGGUGUUUGCCGUCAUCAGGAGAUGCCAAUGGAUGGAUGGUCAUUCGCCUCGGUUUGUG